AUGGGCGAAGUGGAUAAGAGCCCGAAGCGCAUCGGCGUCCUUUCGGCGGACAAUGGCAGCAGUUCUGACCUUCCCAACAAGUUCUAUCAUUGGCACUCGGGCUCGCAAACACUGCCGUUCAUAAAGAAUGAGACUGACAUUGUCCAGUGGCUUCUGGAAGUGGAUGCCGCGCGCGGCAAAGACACACCGAGGGAUAUGGAACAGGAGGAACUUGUCGCGUUCUUUAAGGGACGUUCUCAACAGGGGGGCACACCGAUGGCGUCCGUUAGCACCACCGCCAACGCAUCCAUUCCGCCGCGUGGUGAAGAGGAUGAGCCCCACUUGACGAGGUCCGUCGCACGACUGUCGCCGCACAUCGCCUCCAGCGCAGCGUACCACGGCAAACCGAUGCGGGAGGCCUUGUCAAGCGCGCCACAAACUGGGAGGUCAUCUUUGCCAUGUGGUACCUCUGCGUCACGGUUCAGCGGCGGUGGUGUAAUGAUGAAGACAGCAACGGCAGCGGGGAUCACAGAGGGCCUUGGUGGUUACUCUCCCGGUUUUGUACCAAAGCAGCAAAAACAACACCAUCAGCAGCAAUCGCCACUGGUAUUGGCCGCAUCACUUGGGCGUGGCUUUGUACAUCAUUUGGUUACUGGUAACAGUAGCAGCUGCAGCGUGCCGGAUCUCUCACUGCCACCCUCACUCGGCACAGGAGCCCCCGUGACUUUCUGUGGGACCCCAGUGAAGAGAACAGUAAACGGUGAAACCACCAGCACUACCGCAGUUCUCUUGGAAACGACAUGUGGUGGGAGUGACCAGACAACGCCGCUUCGCCAACGCAUCCUUCCAGUGGCUGACCGCAUUAGACAACCGCCUUCCGCUCCGCACCAUGACCGACGUCGGAGGGAUAUGGGCCUCACAUUAUGUUGCAAUGGCGUCACAAACACCAAAAGCAGGUCCCUGCAGCAAUUGCGGCUUAAUAACCCGCCGAAGUUGUGUCCUCCCUAUGCCCCACGACUGCUCGCACUCGUAACGGAGUGCCCAACCACCAACACCACGACAGGUGAUGCCACUGGUCCCGCUCAACAUCUGAACUCACUGCUGCCUGGACGCAGGGGGGUGGGGGUCUUGUCGAAGGAGACAACUGCCACGCAAGGACGAUGA